AUGGAAGAAGACCGGAUUGCCUCGAGGCUACGUCCGAAACCUGGAAGCUCAGAUCCGUAUGAAUCUACCAUUCUCGAAAUCCUCGUUGUGUCUGUCAAACUCACUGAGAAUGAUGAGCUUCGCGACCUACAAGGCAAGACGCAGGGUGGCAACCAUCUCUCCCAUGCUCAGGCGGCCACCCGAUACGAAUUUCCAUCUGACGACACAUUGCCAUCGCGGCUCCUGGAUCAGACCUCGCCGUACGCGUCCUCCGACCAUGAUAUCCUGAUGCAGGAUCCUUUCGACAUCGCGAGACUCGCAAUAUCAGAACUACUUACGGCGGAGGAUCAAAACAGUCUCUGCACCAUCUAUUUCACCCGCUGCCAUCCCUUCGUACCCAUCUUGCACAAGCCCAGUUUCGGCGUCGACAAGGACGCACACGUGUCUCUGUCCGUCUUUGCACUCGCCUCCCGCCACAACCCCUCCCUCGCAUCCAAGUCCGACAUCUUCUACAGUCUCGCCAAGCAAACGACGCAAGCAACCUUUAUCAACCCUGAUAUGAGCACCCUCAAUGCAUUGAUAUUGCAGGCCAUUUACGAGAUCGGGAUGCCCAACUCCUCGGUGCACGCGGUAACGACUGUGGGAUCCGCCCUUUCACUCGCAAGUGCCUUCAAGUUGCUGAGGAUGGAGGAUCAAGAGGACGGUGAGAGCAAGCCGAAUCGAUGGAUGGACCGCCCGGUAGACUGGAUCGAUGAAGAAGGCCGAAGGAGGGCGUUCCUGAUGGUGCUGAGUCUAAGUCGUUGGAUGGCCUUGAUUCAGGAGCGCGAGAUGGGCUUCCCGGUCAAGCGGGACAUCACCGUCAUGUUACCUAUCAGUGAUGAAGCAUGGUUCGCCGAUCCAGCUUCACGACCAGCUACGAGGCCGGUAACCGAACCGAUCACUUCUCUCCGCCAUGCGUGCGACGCAGGUCCGUUUGCCAGGUUCGUACAGGCGCUCGGCUUAUUCGCCAAGGUCAGCGACUUCAACCAGACAUUUCGACUGCGAAGCAGCAGUGAGAACGCCGAGGAAUUGUACAAGAUCGACAACAUCAUCCAAGCGUAUCUUGGCUCCUUCCCAGGCAGCUGGCGGAAUUCUCAGCUCGAAGGUGAAUAUCUGCUCGACCCAACGACGCUCGCGCUGGCCCAUAGUGCUCUCCUCUUGCUGCACCAUCCCAUCGCGCGCAGAGAAUCGCACGGCUCCUCCAAAACUCGUUGUACCGCCGCGGCGGAAGAAAUCCUCGACGUCGCAUAUGGGAUCCUAGACGUGCCCUAUACUGGAAACUAUCUCCUCCCUCACCCUCUCGUGCUGGCUGCGCGAGUCAGACUACUGGAGUUGGUACAACGCAAGGGCCACUAUAGAGGGCGAGACAUGGAUCUGAUAGUAAAGGCGCUGUUGACAUUUGGGAAGUACUGGGGCAUGCAAGGUCAGUGA